GUUACUCUCGCGUCGAUCAAUGACCUAUUAAGUUAUAUCGUCUCAAAUCACUACGUCGUUUUUGUGACUUUUACUCGUUUUAUUCCCUGUUGUUGGUGCUGUAUCUGUUCAGCUGUGGGAAAGACUUAGGUUGUCUUACAAAACACGAAAAUACGACUGGAGUUUUAGGACAAUUUUUUUUUUUUUUUGUUACUGCCGUGCCUAUCUUAUCGGCCUGGUACCCCACACACUUUCAACGCAGGGUCCGGCUUUUCCUGCCAGCGGCUGCAGCCGAACGCUAGACGAGGCCAAAACCAGCCUUAAACCAUAGCGUUGGAAAGUUCAAUUAGAUUACUAAAGUUUCUAAUUGGCAAAUUGCAUCAUGGCAAAGAACGAUCAAAUCGACGGUUCCACAUGUGCUGUUCAGUAUCUGAAUCAAGAAGCUGGUCCCGAAGUAGCCCAGCGACCCGAUAUUAACGUUCCCCUCGACGUGAAUUACAACUUGCAGCGAUUCCUAAACCCGCACCUCCACGCUGCAGACCAGCACCUGAGACCGCCGCAAUCUCCAACGCCACUAUCCGAGCAUGAAUCUCGCAUGCGCAUGACAACCAUCUUGGGCUCUAUGGGGUUGGACACCCUGCCGAAACAAAAGUGAUGAAAUGUGAAAAAAAAAAGCGCGGUAUCAUGACCGUAUAUUGUUUGCAUUUUGCUUUCACUUGAUUAUAACCAUCUAACGAAUUUCCUUCGAAGCUUAUAUGUUGAUAAGAUCUAGGUAUCAUUGAGUAUUGUUUUUUUUUUAAAUAGUUUCUUUUUUCAUGCAUAGCUGGCGGCGUCGAAAGGAGAAAUCGCAUCUCAAUUAUAUAGGUUGGAGGACUUUUUAUUGUUUCUAGCGUUGGUCGUCUGGCAAGUAUUGGUGGAUUGGUUUCUGUAGCAUAAUUCUAGUAUUUAGCUAGAUUAGGCGCUUAGGUUAUGUAGCGAUGAAUGAAUGCAUGCAUUGGGUCCC